ACUAUGGGUACCGGUGUGGAAACGUACGUCUCUUCCCUCCGAUUAUCUUUCGUAGACCUGAACGUCAGACAUGCUGGUCGCACUUCCCCUGGGUUCGUUUCUUGCAGCGGUCCUCGUACUCGUUCCCCUGCCUGCCCACAUCAAGGCCCGUAACCUUGCCACCGUGGCAAUCAUUCUAUGGCUCUCUGCGGUGAAUUUAGCUCAGGGAAUCAACACUGUUAUCUGGGCAGACAAUGUCGAGAUCAAAGCCGUAGUUUGGUGCGACGUAGUGACGCGGCUGUUCAUUGGAUCCAAUGUUGCACUCCCCGCUGCAUGCUUUGCGCUAUGCAUGCAUCUCGAACGCAUCGCAUCGGCCAGAGCCGUCCGCAUCACGGAGGCCGAUAAACGAAGGCAGAUUUGGGUGGAUUCGGUGCUGUGCUUCGGGGUCCCUGCCGUCUAUAUAGGCCUAUACUACGUGGUACAGGGUCACAGAUUCGAUCUCGUCGAGACCAUAGGCUGUAGGCCGGAGACCUACGUGUCCAUCCCCGAGUUCUUUCUCAUCCGCUUCCCGCCAAUCUUCUUCUCGCUCGGCGCGUCUGUCUAUGCAGUGUUUGCCUUCGCGCAUUUCUUCCGUCGCAGAGCGACGUUCGCCAAACACCUCCAAGGCAACUCUGCUGCACUCACGCCGUCUCGCUACCUCCGUCUCAUGGCCAUGGCGGUCAUCGAGAUGUUCUGGGGUCUGCUUGUGACGGCUGUGAAUACUUAUUUCUCCUACCGUGACGGUCUGCGCCCGUGGAUCAGUUGGGCCAAUACCCACUCUGACUUCUCCCGCAUCGGUCAAUUCCCGUUGGUCCUUAUACCUGGCCCAGCGCUUACCGAGGCGUACUUCCUUUGGUGGGCGGUACCUGUAUCGGCAUAUCUCUUCUUCGUCUUCUUCGCAUUUGGUCAGGAUACCAUGCAAUCCUACGCCUCAAGCUGGGAAUGGAUCCGAAGCCUUUUCAAGCUACCUCGCUGCAUACGGAUGCGAUCUUAUAUUGGCAAGGCUCAAAUUCUUCACUCCCUUCCCAGAUUCAGAUCUUCACUCUUGUCUCCUAAGGACUCGGCUAUAUUCGUCAAAACCAGCAUAUCUAGCGAAGCAUCCCACACUCGCACUGGUUUCGAUCCUCAGAAGGAUGCACGCAUGUGGAACGCAAGCUCGUCAUGGUCUAGCACGUCAUUCACCUCUCAUAGUCCUCCUUCCACCCCACCUUCAUCAGCCCACUUCUGCUAUCAAGCUCAAGUCCCAUCCACUUCCCCAGCAUACGUUACCCAGUAUCGACAUGUACCCUCGACUCCGCCCCGUGCAUAUACUCCUAUAUAAACGCCGGUCCAGAUCUACGUUUCUUCUGUCAUCGGCACUUCGCGAACUCUAACAUGGGAUGAGCCUCCUGCGUUUUCUGUAUUUGUCGAGCCAUCUGUAGCCAUAUAAUCAAGGAUUCAUCGACCGACAGCGAGCAGUGCUCAGUGUA